CGGUCUCACGUGUUUAUCUUACUCAAAAUGUUUAUUUACGGUUAUGUUAUUUAUGUUUUAGGCAGUAAGUGGCAUUCACGGCGAAAGAUAUUAACUCCUACAUUUCACUUUAAUAUACUACAGCAUUUUAUUGAUAUUUUAAUCGAAGAAGGUGAGAGCAUGGCCAAGUUUUUGAAGGAUAUCGGAGGCCCAGUUGUAAAAGACUUAGUACCGUUUGCUAGUGAACAUACAUUGAAUGCAAUAUGCGAAACUGCUAUGGGCAGCUCUCUACGAAAUCUUGGUGCAUUCGAGCAACAAUAUCGAAAAGCAGUUCAUCGGAUUGGCGAACUUUUUGCAUACAGAACAAUGAGGCCAUGGCUGCGCAACAAAUGGAUAUACUCGUUGACAGAAAAAGGCAAAGAACAAAAGAAGACUCUGAAGAUACUACAUGAAUUUACUGAACGAAUUAUUACGGAAAGGAAACUUUAUCAUGAACGCACUAAUGAUCGAUUUUUGAAAAAUUUUGAUAAUAACACAUCAGCUGAGGAAGAUAAAACAAUGGGAAUACGAAAGAAACGGCUUGCAUUGUUGGAUCUUUUACUAGGGGCUUCUCGAGAGAAUCUUUUGACUGAUUUAGAUAUUAGAGAGGAAGUCGAUACUUUUAUGUUUGAGGGUCAUGACACUACAGCGAUGGGUAUAUGCUUCUUAUUACUACUUUUGGCCGAGCACAAAGACAUUCAGGAUCGUGUUAGAAAGGAAGUUGAUAUUGUUAUGCAAGAGAAUCAAGGGAAACUCACCAUGAAAUCGUUGCAAAAUUUAUCAUAUUUAGAGAGAUGUAUAAAAGAGUCGUUACGCUUGUAUCCCAGCGUUUAUUUUAUAUCACGAGUUAUUUUGGAAGAUGUAAAACUAAGUACGUAA